AGGGGCUCCACGGAUGCUCAGGAAGCUCUCCCUGGUAAGCAGAAUGCUGACUGUUCCCUGAAAGAAGGGGCCUUUUACUUAAGAUCUAGGGUAAUGGACUACUGUAAGCAAUUCGGUAGGAUUUAAUUCAAGCUUAUUUCACCAAACCUUAUCUGCGUGGAUUAAAACUGACUAGAGGCAUCAGCACCGUCUGGACUGCAUCUGAACAAUGGAGACAGAUCUAACAAAAACGCCAGAAAAAAGGCAAGUAGUUUUUCUUACUAUGUUGUUGUUUUUGUGGGAGUCUGGCACCGAGGCAAUUAGAUACUCCAUGCCAGAAGAAUCAGAGACUGGCUACUUGGUGGCUAACCUGGAAAGAGAUCUGGGGCUCAGGGAGGGGGAGCUGGCCUCUAGAGGGGCACGAAUCCAUCACAGAGGAAACAAAGAGCUCUUGGGGCUGGAUGCAGAGACCGGGAAUUUGCUAUUAAAGGAAAAGCCAGAUCGCGAGGUGCUGUGUGGGGCGACAGACCCCUGUGUGCUGCACUUCCAACUCAUACUGGAUAACCCUGUGCAGUUCUUCCAAACAGACCUGCAGAUCACAGAUGUAAACGACCAUUCUCCGGAGUUCCCUGACAGAGAAAUGCUCCUGAAAAUUCAAGAAAUCGCCCAGCCAGGGACCGUGUUUCCUCUGAAGGUAGCUCAGGACUCUGACAUAGGGAGCAAUGCUGUUCAGAACUACACUGUCAGCCCCAACCUCCAUUUCCAUGCGGUCACUCACAGUCGCGCUGAUGGCAGGAAAUACCCAGAACUGGUGCUGGACAGAGCCCUGGACAGGGAGGAGCAGCCUGAGCUCACUUUGACCCUCACUGCUGUGGAUGGAGGGUCUCCGCCCAGGUCUGGGACCACCACAGUUCGCAUUGAAGUCGUGGACAUCAAUGACAACUCCCCCCAGUUCCUACAGCCGCUCUAUGAGGUGCAGGUCCCUGAGAACAGCCCCCUUGGUGCCUUAGUUGUCGCGGUCUCUGCCAGGGAUUUAGAUGCUGGGAUACAUGGGAAUGUAGUCUACUCUCUGUUUCAAGGUGGUGGAGCUUCUCAACCGUUUGUAAUAGACGAGGUCACAGGAGAAAUCCGUCUUAAAGGGGCUUUGGACUUUGAGUCAACACCCUACUAUAACAUGGAAAUUAUAGCCACAGACAGUGGAGGCCUUUCAGGAAAAUGCAGUGUAACUAUUCAGGUGUUGGAUGUGAAUGACAAUGCUCCUAAACUCACCAUAUCUUCGCUCACUGCUUCAAUCCCAGAAAAUGCUCCUGAGGCUGUAGUCGCUGUCUUCAGUGUUUCUGACCCAGAUUUCGGGGACAGUGGAAGGAUGGUGUGUUCCAUUCAGAAUGAUCUUCCAUUUCUUUUGAAGCCCACAUUCGAGAAUUACUACACUUUAGUGACAGAGGGAGCACUGGACAGAGAGAGCAGAGCUGAGUACAACAUCACUAUCACAGUCACCGACCUGGGCACACCCAGGCUCACAACCCAGCACACCAUAACAGUGCAGGUGUCUGACGUCAACGACAACGCCCCCGCCUUCACACAAACCUCCUACACCCUGUUUGUCCAGGAGAACAACAGCCCUGCCCUGCACAUAGGCACCAUCAGCGCCACAGACUCAGACUCAGGCUCCAAUGCCCGCAUCACCUACUCGCUGCUGCCCAGCCACUACCCGCAGCUGGCCCUGGACUCGCUCAUCUCCAUCAAUGCCGACAACGGGCAGCUGUUUGCGCUCAGGGCGCUGGACUAUGAGGCCCUGCAGACCUUCGAGUUCCGCGUGGGCGCCACAGACCAAGGCUCGCCCGCUCUCAGCAGCCAGGCUCUGGUGCGCGUGCUCGUGCUGGACGCCAACGACAAUGCGCCCUUCGUGCUCUACCCGCUGCAGAACGCAUCUGCGCCCUGCACAGAGCUGCUGCCCAGGGCGGCGGAGCCAGGAUACCUGGUCACCAAGGUGGUGGCAGUGGACCGCGACUCUGGCCAGAACUCCUGGCUGUCAUUCCAGCUGCUCAAGGCCACAGAGCCAGGGCUGUUCAGCGUGUGGGCUCACAAUGGCGAGGUGCGCACCUCCAGGCUGCUGAGUGAGCACGAUGCUCCCAAGCACAGGCUGCUGCUGCUUGUCAAGGACAAUGGCGACCCUCCCAGGUCUGCCAGUGUCACUCUGCAUGUGCUGCUGGUGGAUGGCUUCUCUCAGCCCUACCUGCCUGUGCCCAAGGCGGCGCACGACCUCACACAGGACAAAGACUCACUCACACUGUACCUGGUCAUCGCCUUGGCAUCUGUGUCUUCACUCUUCCUCUUAUCUGUGCUGCUGUUCGUGGGGGUGAGGCUGUGCAGGAGGCUCAGGCAGACCUCACUGGGUGGCUGCUCUGUGCCUGAGGGAUACUUUCCUGGUCACCUGGCGGAAGUCAGUGGCACAGGAACCCUGGCUCAGAGCUACCAGUAUGAGGUGUGCCUUACUGGAGACUCUAGAACCACAGACUUCAAAUUCUUUAACCCCAUUAUUCCCAAUAAUCUGCUCGGGAUCUGUAGGUAAGUUCCAGUGUCUGAGAGCCCGAGGUUUCAAUAACCGAAUCAGGAUUAGUUGCUUGGCUAUUAAUAUUUACAUUUGCAUUAAAUAAUCUUUCCUUGAGUCUACAUAUUUCUAUGUUGAUUUUAUUCUGUUUUUUAUAUUGGUGUGUUUUUUUCUUUUUGGGUCCUGGGGCUCCUGUUAGUUAGUGAACAAUAAUGCAUCUUUAUUGUUCACUAACUCGGGAGGGGGAUAUAUAGCUGCUGUAUUCUCUGGUCAUUUGAAUUAGUGUUCUUAAGAUCUCAUUUCUUUCUCUUCAUUAUUGAGAGGAUGUAUUUCUUCAACACUCACUUCAAAUUGUAUCCUGUUGAGGCUAUUCAUAUAACUUGCUGUGUAGUAUUCAUGUUGAUUUUCACUUUCACCACAGCUUGUUAACUGUGCAUUGUACGGCGUUCACUGCGACAUUUUCAGAGCUAUGCAUGCUAACCCUUGAUAGCAAUUCCCAUCACCCUCCCAAUGCCUGUUUGCUUUCACGGGCUUCUUGUCUUUUAGAGGGUGAUUAUUUAGCUUAAAUGAUCUGCAGUUCCAUGUCCCUGAAAAUGACAUUUUCAUUAUUGAUGUGUCAAUAAAGUAACUCCUUUACCCAGGCAUGUGUUUUCCUCACUCACACUUCUGUUAUAAUGGUAACACACCAUUGUGUACAGCUAAUGAAGUGUGUGCAUAACACAGUCAUCUGUCAUAGGUUUACAUCUUUCAUACAUACAGAAGUAGUGUGUUGUUAAAAUGAUCUUUGCUGAUGGUCACAAUCAGUAGUUCAAGACCUUAUUUGCUUAUGUACAGGCCAAUAUUGCUUCUAAAAUGUACCAUAAAUAAUGUUGCUUGACCUAAGCCAUUCCAAGUGACUGAGUUUGCUUUCACUUUGUGUGGGAGCUACCUGAUGAGGCAUGUGUUAUGUUGAUUUGUAAAUGCUGGAUAUAAAUGAGGGUACAUUAAACUUUCAACAAAAUGUG